UACGAUAUAUUCGGAUUUUAAAACUUUGGACCUAAUCACUAAUGCCGUGGAUUGUAACCAUGAUGGACGGAAAGAAUGAGGAGGCCGUUGCCCAUCAGGCUCAUCUAGACAAAUUAACUCGUCUUCUAGACAAAGAGGAACUGGGAGAAGAUGACGAGAUCGAGAAUGAAAUGAGUGAAACAGAGGUAGAAACCAACUCACCAGAGGAAGCGGGGGAAUGCCCUCCCGGUAUGUGCAUCGAAUGUACCGACCAACCCGCAUCCCGGUCUUGUGUGGAAUGUCAAGAUGAUUUCUGCGAGGUGUGUGUGGACUCAAUACACCGGUCAGGUACGCGUAAACGACACAAAAUCAAUGCCAUAAUGGGUGUUGAAGUUGGGCAACCGCAGCUCUGUGACAAUGGAAAUAAAGCCGAUACUAAUAAUCCAGUAGAAUUGGAUUCGGUAGAGCUUGAACUUGAGAAUGGUAAUAAAGUUUUGGGAGGCAUUGAAGAGGCCAAGGUACAUCGUACCGAGGCACACCAAGGGCUGGGAGAAUGGUUCGUAGAACGAUCCAAAUCGAUUCCGUUGAGAUUAACUUUCGAAGAACGAAAAUAUCUGAGGUUAGUUGAGGCGGCUCUGAAUGUAUCAGAAUACACUGAAAAGGUGGACAUAUGCUACUUCCGGUCGAGAGCCAAGCGAAUAGUAGAGCAAGUUCGAGACAUCUGUGCCAUUCUGUCAGGGCUACUGGUUUCUUGCGACUAUAAGGCAGGUCAGACCCUAGUGAAGGAUCGGGAAUUUAGUGAGAAUGCCGACUUCUUUCAAACCGUCUUCGAGAUCGGCCGCAGAUAUAAAGUUUUAAAUCCAGAGCGCAUGCGAUCGUCCUACGGAAAGCUACUGUAUUUUCUGCAAGACACGCAAAUACCUGAAAUCAAGGAGUUACUAGAGUUUUCGUGCGUCAAACCGAUGAAGACGGUCUAUGGAUAUCUGGAAGCGAAUGGACUAUUGAAUUUGCUGCACGAUGACUUGUUAGAGACGGCUACACAUGAAAUACCUGCGCAUGGACAAUCGCGUAGAGAUGUGCAGAGAAUGAUAAAGGAGAAAAAUAUGGCGGUGAAGCGAAUAAUACGAAGGUAUGCCGAUCCUGCAAAUGGAAUCAAAGAAGAUGAUAUCGAGCGAUGCUUGGUGUCUAUUGGGGACAACAAUUCGUUUCUAAGCUACAAUAGAGAUCCAUGUGAUGAGUUGAUCGGUUAUCUCCGGCACUAUUUCUCACGCUCCUCCAUCGAUCCUGCAUUCUCACUAGCUAUCGCUUCUGGUAAACAAGGAGCACGUUUAACACACUCACAUACUCGACAGUACGACUACGUACUACAAUCACUUUCACUGUGGCGUGAAAUUUUGCACGAUUUCUUUAAUUUAUGGCGAUUAGCGGAGGCCGAUCUCUUGAGGGAAAACAACGGUUAUAGAUUAGUAGACACUGGACAAGGAUUGAAUCGUAUACAGAGUUGUAAUAACACGUCAAGGCUCAUGCAUGCGAUUUUGAACAAGGCACAAAGGAAGGUGGAUUCUUGGGUAGGAUCGUCCGUGAUCCAUAUGGGAGAUCACAAUGUUCCAAAUGCCUUCAUGUUCAUCGACAAGUAUACACAAGUGGCUCGCAUUCUGAAUCCAAUCGUGAUCUGUCUGAGGAAGCUAGACAGCCUCGAAAAUGAUCCAGGUCUUGCCGAGUAUAUUAAAACAACGUUCACGAGUGUCGAUAAUUGCAAACGUGUGAUAUUGAAUGAUUUCUUCAAGUUCGCCUUCGAUGGUAGUGGUGCAGAUAAUUUUUUCGAUGCCGGUUCUUGUAUCGAUGGACGUCUGACUUCCGCCUGGAAUUGGUGUUCACGAUUGGAAAAGAAGCGAUAUUACCCCGUGUUUUUGCUUACGGGCUUCGUAGGAUUCGACGGAGAGUUUUAGCACCCACUUAUUGAUUCAGAUGUUCGCCAACUGAGAGACUUUUAAAGUAUACAAUACUGACUCAUAUCGAAAAGUAGAAAUACUACGUCGUCGAUCGAGGGCGGGAUGUUCUGUGUUGAAAUCAAGUUCCCGUAGCAACACCAGCUGGUGUGCUAGUAGAGUAUGCUUUGUAAGAGCUAUUUGUUCACAUGUAAGUUGUUUCAGAGCAGUCUAAGUUUAUUGUCUCAUGUUCGGUCGCUUUGGUUUACUGUACGAAAGUGAACACAGGCAACGGACGUGGACAGUAUUUUUACUCAUAGUCAGUGAUGAAUCGUUUUCUCGUUGGUCGACACGAAAGUGGCGUUAGAAAUUUCGUAACGGAACUUGGUUUAUACAUACAGGUUUGGAGUAAUAAGUCAAAGGGGUUUAGUGUUGACAGCACAUGGUUUUACAACCCCCCAUCCGAUUUGCAAUUGUGCAAAAUUGGAUACAAACAAGUGGCGUCAAGGUAGACCGUGCACGGGUAAAGUAUUGAGUCAGUAUAUAGAAGUAUGUAGUCAGUAUAUAGGGGACAUUAGAACGUCGAAAAGUGACUGGGACCACUGAGGGAGAGUAGCCUGGUAUUUGUUGCGCCAGUCGAGGAUUUGAGAAGCCCGAUAUAUACGGGAUCAGUAGCGAGUGCAUAUGCACACUUAAUGGCAAAUUUCAAGUUCACCAAGCGAUGAGGUUAGGUAUGCUGAGUAAGUAAUUCAAUAUCAAUAUAUGAAAGGAUGCAUUAUCCCUUGUAUGACGAUGUUAGUCAGAAAGCGCAAUAAAAAUGCGCAUCGCAGAGUAGAUUUGUAUCGAAAAAGGAUAGCUGCAGACCAUUGCUUGAAGGCCUUGUCAAUCUGGGCCUUUUCAUGCUCAGGAGCAUCGCGAAAUGGACUUUGACAAUAAAGCCAGCUUGUAUACACAUAA